AUGCUACAAGACUUUGUUUUCGUUGCUCUCGCUUUUCUUCUGGCCCUCACAGGUUACUAUAGGUGGGGUAAACCCAGUUUGCCUGUCCCGCCGGGACCAAAGGGGUACCCCAUUAUCGGAAACCUACUCGACGUGCCCUCAGAACAACUAUGGGUCAAAUUUCUCGAGUGGUCUAAGGAGUACAAGUCCGACAUUAUUUACUUCCGUGUUUUUGGCAGCUCGACCAUUGUUCUCAACUCAUUGAAAGCGGCUAACGACCUCUUGUCUGUCAGAUCCAUGCUGUACUCGGAUAGGCCGAUCAGAACCAUGGUCGACGAACUCCUAGGCUGGGGUUCGCUCAUCAGCAACCUUACGUAUGGUCAUGCUUGGCGUAUUCGUCGUCGUGCAUUCUGGCAAGAAUUCAAUCCAGCCCGCUCUGUCAAUCAUCGCCCCAGGCAGUUGUGGUAUUCUCACGAUCUCCUUCGACGAUUACUGAAGGACCCUGAUAACUUCCUCCAUCAUAUCCACUACUCGCUCGCUGCAAGUAUCAUCUCGGCUACGUAUGGGUUGGACGUCCUACCCGAAAACGAUCCUAACAUCGAACGCGCGGAAAAAGCGCUGGACAACUUCAAGCAUGCCGCAAUUGCAGGCCUCUAUCUCGUUGAUGUACUGCCCUUUCUGAAAUAUGUGCCGAGCUGGAUGCCUGGAGCUGGCUUCAAGAGGUUUGCGGAGAAGUCACGGCCGGAUACGAUGGAUAUGCUGAAUGCACCGUUCGUUGAAGGUUGUAAUCGUAUACGGGAGGGAAAGAAUGAACCGAGCUUGUUGUCUCGAAGCCUCGCGAAAGGAGGACACAGUAUCGAAGACCAUCCUGACGCAAAAUUGAUCAAGGACGUAACAGGGGUCGCCUAUGUAGGUGGCGCCGAGACGACCAAGGCAGCGCUCUCGACUUUCAUUGCGGCGAUGUUGCUCUACCCGGAGGUGCAAAAGAAGGCUCAACAGGAAGUCGAUUCGUUCAAUCGCUCUCGGCUCCCUUUGUUUGAGGAUUUACCUAAUAUGCCAUACGUCCACGCCAUCAUGUUGGAAGUAUUAAGGAUAUGCCCCGGCCGAUUCUUUGCCAUUGAUUCCCUUUGGCUCAAUAUUGCCUCCAUUCUCACUGUCUUUGAUAUCACCAAGGCAAAAGACGAAGAAGAGAGAGAGAUCGAACCUGAUAUUCAAUGGACUCCAAACUUUACACGGCAUAUCAUCCCCUUCAAAUGUUCCAUCACACCUCGCUCUUCGGAAGCAGGAAAGCUCAUCCGUGAUUCAGAACUCAUUUAA